GCGGGCGACCUGCACCUCCUAAUCUACGCCCCUAAAUCACCCGUGGGCGGCCGCCCCGAGGCCGCCGCCUCCAGGAAGUCCUCCCAUUUUGGAGCCUGGCCCGGGACCCCAGCUAAUCACUUUUUGCAUCCUUAGGCGGAAGUUUUGGCGCCGCAGAGCCUUUGAGGGCCUGAUUCCGCCGCCUGGCUUCCUUGCUUACCCCUAGUGAUCCUGCGUUGGGAGUGGGGCGUUAGUGCCACUGCAGAGAGCACAGGCUUUGAGUCCUGCAAGCAGGGUUCGGAUGGGGCAUUAGUGCCACGGCACAGAGCACAGGCUUUGGGACCUGCAAGCGGGGUUCGGAUCCCCGUUUUGCUACUUGCUGGCUUUGAGACGUAGUACAAGUGAGUUAAAUUCUCCAAGCCUCGGUUCGCAAGUCUCUGUGAUGGGAUAUUCACACCGACCCUUAACGAGGCUACCGCGACAACUUAGAAGAGCUUUUGGAGAAAGAAUUUGCAUUUGCAAAGGUCACACCGGAAGGUUCAUUUCCUCUUCCAUCCUCUUUGAAACAGUGAAUACAUUUAGGGUGGAAGGGGAGGAUCUGCUACGGACCCCUGGAUGGCAGAGAGGGGGAGGACACCCCCCGCCCCCAACCCCGUGGCUUUUUUGUUCUUAUCAGCCCUCUUGACCACUCUCACCCUAAGCCCUGGCUUCCCUAACUCCACCCUCUCCUCUGCAAGCCGCUCUUCCCUCCCCACCUAUUUGAACGAUGGUACUCUCUGAGGUCCCGCCUCUUGCCGGUUCUGUUGCUAGGUUAAUUACCGUCCAUAAGCACUUCCUAAAUUUCUACUUCCAGGCCAAUCAUCCGUGAGUCUCAGACCCCUGUAGCCACUAUCCACUUGGAUAUCUUAAGGCACCACAGGCUCAGUCUGUCCAAACCAACCUGUCUCCUCCAGCCCCCACCCCCUCAAUCACCUGCCUGCCUUCAGUGUGUUCCUUUGUUUCAGGGAUUAGCACCAGCAGGCCCAGGUUGGAAACUUUUGUUCUUCAGAAACUCUCCUGUCAACUGGCGAGCCAGAAAUGAUCGCCAAGGCCUACAACGUAGACCUGGGCCUUGGGGUCCCAGAGAAAAAGAAGAAGAAAAAGAAGAAGGUGGGCAAAGAACCAGAGACUCAAUAUUCAAUUUUAAAAGACGAUAAAAAUUUCACUCAGGUUUCUCCAAGAAGAUCCACAUCCCCCUCGAAGAAUGUGGUCCAGGGCCAGGUCCCCACGAUACUUGUCUUGAAAAAGAAGAAGAAAAAGAAGGGCCACAGCACCCACAUCUCCGAGGACCACCUAGAACCUGAGACUGUGGUGCAGGCCAAGUGGUCAGAGAAGUCGCCCAGUUCCAGGCAGCAGGUUCUGGGUCCCUCUGAGUUCCUCCACAGGGAGAAGAAAAAGAAGAGGAAGGGCUUGUCGAAUUUGGCCAUGGCCCCCAGCUUGGGUAGGGAGACCUCCCCAGACUGCAGACAGAGUGAGGAGGUAGCCAGAGUUGGCAAGAAGCUCAAAAAGCACAAGAAGGAGAAGAAGACCCAGUGCACCGUGGCCCUCCCAGCCCAGAGCCCUUGCUUCUGUGAGGCUGAGGAUGCCCUCUGCACGGGCUCCACGGGGAGGCUCGGGGAAGAGCAGGUAGCCUCGGGGCAGAAACGGAAGCAGGGGAGCUCCAGGGAGCACAGCAUCAAGAUGAAGAAAAAGAAAACCCACCAGGAGAGAGACGCCACCCCUGGCCACGCCAAGGGCUCCAGGUCCAUGAAGAGCAGCCUUACAAAAGGAAGUAAAAAGAAACUAGUUAAAGUUGAGGCUCCAGAAUACAUCCCGAUAGGAGAUGGCCCCCAGGCCUCCGUGAAGAAGAAGACGAAGUCCAAGAAACUGGCAGAGCAGCCAAGCAUUGACAAGCUGGCUCUGAAGAGAAAGAAAAAGAAGAUGAAAGAGAGUGAGGUCGUGGAGGAACCUCAUGACAAGGAACCAGACCCAGACUUGGAGGUGGUAUUGGAAAAGAAAGGCAACAUGGAUGAGGUGCACAUAGACCAGAUGAGGCGGAAGGCCUUGCAAGAAGAGAUUGACCGUGAGUCGGGCAAAACAGAAGCUUCUGAAACGAGGACAUGGACAGGAACCCAGUUUGGCCAGUGGGAUACUGCUGGUUUCGAAAAUGAGCAACAGAAACUGAAAUUUCUCAAACUCAUGGGUGGAUUUAAAAAUCUGUCCCCUUCGUUCAGCUGCCCCCCGAGCAGGAUGGGGAGGCCCAACAUGGCCCUCAGCAAGCAGGCAGCGGACACCCUGCAGCAGAACCUGCAGCAAGAUUAUGACCGGGCCAUGAGCUGGAAGUACAACCGCGGCAGUGGCCUCGGCUUCUCCACUGCUCCCACCAAAAUCUUUUAUAUUGACAGGAAUGCUUCCAGGUCCAUCAAGUAUGAAGAUUAAACUCCAAUGUCUUGUUUAGAAAACCUGCCAAAAUGGCUUUUCUUUUUCGUUUAUGCAGAUGAAAGCCAUGUGCCAGUUGUCUCAAAUCAAACUACUGUGAAGAUGCAGAAAACUCACUUGAUGUACUUGGUGGAAAUGGGUUGGGGGCAGCUCAUGUUUCAGGAUCCAAGAGAACAUCUCAGUGGGUAAAACCUACUGUUUUCUGCACUAAACAUUCCAUCCCUGUUUGAAGACAUCAGGCUGUGUAAAUAAUAGUAGCUAACACUUACUGAAUGUUUAGUAUGUUCAGGCACUGCUAAGUGUUUUCCUCCCAUUAUUGUAUUUAAUGGUCAUAAUUCUAUGAAACAGGUGCUAUUCUUACUCCCAUCUUAUAGAUGAGGAGACUGAUGUUCAAGGAGGAAGUAAUAAAAUUGCCUAGGCUCACCCACAGGCCCUAAGUCACUGUCCAGUACUGUGACAUCCCCUCUAGGGAGUUUUAUCCAGAUACUUGGAAUGAAAAUAUCUUUUGGUUUAAGAAAUUGAAGCUUUAUUACAUGUCCAAAUCUCAGGAAGUGGGAUGAAUGAUUAAAAGGGAGUGGGACGUUCCCUUCCCUCUCCCCUGCAUUGGGAUAGCUGUCGCUUGUGAAAUGUCACCAAGCAGAUGUGGCCAAGCUUCCUGUGCUGCUGGAAAGUGCUUUGGACCAGUCUUGCCUUUUCCAGCUGCUUGCCUUAGAUCCGAAGUGCUGGGCUCAGACUUAAUAUUUUUUUUUGCCUUAAGGGGAUGCUGAGCAAAGCAUUUUGGAGAGAAAUGAACCACUGGCAGAUUCCCAGGUGCAUGUUUUAUUUGGUCCUUUGUGAUCACCAUGAAGCACAGAUGACUUCUGUGGUGGAGGAAGGUAAGAAGUCACAGGUGCUGGGCGAUGACACAGGAAGUUGCCUCAUUAGCUGUGGGGACAAGUCCCAUCGCUCCCAAGAGUGGACUCUGCCACAGGCCUUGCAGAGUUCCAAGUAUAAUGACCCAAAUGACACAUGACCACCUUCUUUCUGUCCACCUAGCAUCCAUUCUGUGUCCCCAAACACAGGUUCUUGGGUCAGUUUUGCAUCAGCUGGUGUGAACACCCCUACAGACAUCUCCGCUUUGGGCUAAGCAGUCAGGAAAUUCAGUCUCACGGGACAGAAGUCCUUAGGCAGGGCACUGACUGAGCAGCUCGCCAAGGAAACAUUCCCUCCCUCCCUGCUCCAUCAUCCUCAGUGUUGGCAUCAUGACGCCGCUGGAAGUGCAGCUGUAGCAUCUGCAGGCAGCAUGUCAAGACCAGAACAUUCCAAGAGAAGAAAAACCUGAUCAAGUGGUCCAGAAAAGCCAUUUAUUCUUGGCCCUAAACUACUGAGUAAAAAGAUGGGUUUAUUUAAAUUUAUUUUAAAAAUUAUUUUUAGCUUUUUUCUGAGGUUAACUAUGUUCAUUGUGAUCCUGUGAUUUGCACACAAGCGAUAAAAUGAUGCAAUCUCUCUGUCCAGUGCAUAUCUUCCAAAAGUUUGGGAGAUUUUAAUCCACAGCUUGGAGGCAUCUGCAUGGGGAAUGGGUGAUAGGCCGUGGAUCACCAAUAUUAAUGCUCUUACUCAAAAACUUGGGGGUGGAGGGGAACUUUUGCUUAAAUGGGUUGAGCUUGCAAAAAAAAGGUUAUUGGUUUUUUUUUUUUA